UUGACAUAAUUGAUUACGUCGAUGAGGAAUUUUAGUGUCGACGCGCUGUAUGAUAAGAUAACACAUGGUGGGGCAAAUUUUAUUUCUACCGCCAAUACACCAUAGGAAGUGCACUAAGGGAGGUUUUGCACCGUGCCAAAGAAGAAGAACGCAUGAAAUAUGGCGGAAUGGACAGACAAAGAAGGCAAAAAAGCGAGACCAAAAGUUUCUAAAGUAUGGGAACAUUUCAUGGAAAACAAAACGGCAAAACAAGUUAAAUGCAAACUCUGUGAAGUUAAGCUGUCAUAUCAUGGCAGCACUACAGUGAUGCAUGAACAUCUCAAGCGCAAGCACCCGGGAGCUGUGGUGUCAUGUACCUCAGAUGGGCAAGUUCGCGAGUUGACUUUAUUACUUAUAGCGCUUUUUUAUAGCGCUAUUUAGUUUAUAAAAAAGAAAAUAUAUUUGUCAUAGGUGUAGCUGACUUUGACAUGUCCCGUUAUUGCUCGUGUUAAUACUCGCGUUUAUUUUGAAUAGUAAAACUUACUAUCAAUUAGUUCGUCUGUGGUUUGGAGCAUGUCAUGAGGAAGCCAUUACACCAGCUAAGAGAACUUCAAAAGGGACAGUUUAUAAAAUGAAACAGUUAUUUGUCAUCAGUGAAUUAUAGGCAUAGCCUACAUUGACAUGUCCAGUGUUUUCUUGUGUUAAUACUUGUGUUCAUAUUUAAUAGUAAAACGGCUCCACUUAAUAUCAUUUAGUUUGUCUGAUUUGGAGCAUAUCAAUAGUAAUUCAUGUGUAAAAUAUUAAAUCUGUAAAAAAAAAAAAAAAAAACUAAUAUGAUUUGGGUAAUAAAACUCCACAUAAUGUCAACUAGUUAAUUUGUGAUUUGGAGCAUAUUAAUAAUUCAUUUGUAAGAUAUAUAAUCAGUAGAAAGUUAGUAAUAAUUAGUAUUUGGUGUUACACUGUAAAAACACCUGUCUUUUGUUCUCUAUAUUUUAGUAGUGUUAAGCAAAGGCAUGUGGAUAAGUUUGUCAUGAGGAGAGGCUCAUGCACCCCUCAAAUGGCUGAAGUCUUGACAGAGAGCAUCCUUAACAUGAUAGUCAUGAACAUGAGGCCAAUAUCCAUGGUUGAGGAUGAGGGCUUCAAGCUGAUGAUCAAGACAUUCCAUUCAGGCUACAUUUUACCAUCCAGAACUCAUUUUACUAAGCUCAUGGAGGGGAAGUAUGAAAUUGCUGUUGCCAAGAUUAUAGAUGUUCUUAAAUUAACUAAGAGCAAGAUUGCCCUGACAGCUGAUGCCUGGACCAGUGUUGCCACAGAGGCAUAUCUUAGCAUCACUUGUCACUUUAUAAGUGAUGAUUGGGAGCUCACUAGCUUCUGCCUCACAACCAUGCCUCUUGAAGAACGACACACUGGACCCAAUAUUGCUGAAUGGAUUGAGCAGGCCAUGGCAAGGUUUGAGAUCCCUGCAACCAAGAUUGUGGCGGUAGUCCAUGACAAUGGCUCAAAUGUGCUGGCUGCAAGCGUUUUGCAAGAAAAACAUGGGUGGAAGUCAGUCCGCUGUGCAGGCCAUACUUUGCAAUUGGUGAUCAGGCAUGCUCUGAAACAUCCUCAGAUCACUAAAACACUAGGAGCAGCGAGGUGCCUCGUAGAGCACUUCAAAAAAAAGUGAACUGGCUUCAAGCAAGCUGAAGACCAAACAGAAACAGAUGGGGACCCCAGAGAAUAAACUUAUCCAAGAUGUCUCUACUAGGUGGAACAGCACCUUUUAUAUGGUGACUCGUCUGCUAGAACAGAGAUGGCCACUGACUGCGACAUUGUCAGGCCCGACAGUAACACAGAGAGUGAAACAACACCUUGACCUGAAAACAGACCAGUGGGCCCUGCUAGAGGAACUGGCUAAAGCUCUUCAGGCCUUUGAAAGCGCCACUGUCUAUUUGAGUGGUGACAGCUAUGUGACAGUCUCUGCCCUGCCUCCUCUGGUCAGAUGGCUUUUGAAGUCCACUCACACCAUCUAUGAUACAGGUCCUGUGCAGGCCUUCCAGGCAGCUGCUUCAGAGGACACCACUGCACGCUGGUCUAGAGAGGUUACUGUCACGGAUGAUAACCCAAACAUACCGAUUAUUGCAGCUGCACUAGACCCACGUUUUCGGAAACUGAAAUUUCUGACAACAGGGGAGAGGUUCAGUGUUCAAAAUAAAGUACAAUCUCUAGCCUUACAGUCGAUGCAAGGGACUGUGAAGAACCAAUGUGCCAGUGAGAAUGAGGAAGCCAAUACAUCAGCUAAGAGAAUUUCAGAUGGGUCUGUUUCAGCUCUUGAUUCACUGUUUGGGUGUGACUCCUCAACAGACAGUGACAGUGAGACCAAUAAACAGGAUGCUCACAACCAAGCUAUCACAAACGAUGUACUGAUGUACUUUGGAGAGCAGCCUCUCUCCAAGACAGAGAAUCCCCUAUCUUGGUGGAAGUCAAAUGAAGCAAAGUAUCCAACACUUGCAUCGCUAGCCAAGUCAUUCUUGUGCAUUCCCGCUACUUCUACUCCAUCUGAGCGUCUCUUCUCAGCAGCUGGGAACAUUACCUCAAAGAAGAGAGCCAGCCUCACACUCGAGCAUGUUGAUAUGCUUACGUUCCUACACUGCAAUUCAAAGUGGUUAUAAACUAUUAUUCAGUUAUUUGGGUUGGAAAAUGUUUUUGUUUACAUUUGAAGCUGUAUUUGAAAAUUAGAACUUCAAGACAACGCAGCAAGAUUUCAAAAAGGAUGCACUUUUUUACUUUUAUGGACAGGACUGUCACUUUAAGCAAAGCAAUUAUUUAUUUUGUGUUAACCUUAUAACAUCCAUGCAAGUCAGGAUAACUGCUGCUGUUUAGACUGCACAUUGUCUUUUUGUUUAAAGACAACUUGCACUGUAAUUUUGUAUUAUUUAAUUAUUUUUAUGAUCACAAUUUGUUAAAAUACAUUUAUGCUACAAAUACAUGUUUCAUGGGUCAAUUUUUCAAUUUCUUUUGAGAACUUAUUUUGUCAGGGACUGACAACUGGAUGACUUAUACUGAUGUGUAGCCUUGAGCAGAUGAGGUAAAACUGAAGCCUGAAAUAGAUGCUGCCAAAAUAAUUGUGACUAAUCGAAAAAAUAAUCGAUAGAUUAGUCGACAACCAAAAUAAUCAUUAGUUGCAGCCCAUAUAUAUAUAAAAAAAACACAUACAGGGAUUGGACAAUGAAACUGAAACACUGGCCAAUUUAGUGUUGGAGGUUUCAUGGCUAAAUUUGACCAGCCUGGUGGCCAAUCUUCAUUGAUUGCACAUUCCACCAGUAAGAGCAGAGUGUGAAGGUUUAAUUAGCAGAGUAAUAGCACAGUUUUGCUUAAAAUAUUGCAAUGCACACAACAUUAUGGGUGACAUAUCAGAGUUCAAAAGAGGACAAAUUGUUGGUGCACGUCUCGCUGGCGCAUCUGUGCCUAAGGCAGCAAGUCUUUGUGAAGUAUCAAGAGCCACGGUAUCCAGGGUAAUGUCAGCAUACCACCAAGAAGGACGAACCACAUCCAACAGGAGUAACUGUGGACGCAAGUGGAAGCUGUCUGAAAGGGAUGUCCGGGUGCUAACCCGGAUUGUAUCCAAAAAACAUAAAACCACAGCUGCCCAACUCACUGCAGAAUUAAAUGUGCACCUCAACUCUCCUGUUUCCACCAAAACUGUCCGUCGGGAGCUCCACAGGGUCAAUGUACAUGGCUGGGCUGCUAUAGCCAAACCUUUGGUCACUCGUGCCAAUGCCAAACGUCGGUUUCAAUGGUGCCAGCAGCGAAAAUCUUGGGCUGUGGACAAUGUGAAACAUGUAUUGUUCUCUGAUAAGUCCACCUUCACUGUCUUUCCCACAUUCGGGAGAGUUACAGUGUGGAGAAGCCACAAAGAAGCGUACCACCCAGACUGUUACAUGCCCAGAGUGAAGCAUGGGGGUGGAUCAGUGAUGGUUUGGGCUGCAAUAUCAUGGCAUUCUCUAGGCCCAAUACUUAAUACUAGAUGGGCGCGUCACUGCCAAGGACUACCGAACCAUUCUGGAGGACCAUGUGCACCCAAUGGUUCAAACAUUGUAUCCUGAAGGCGGUGCCGUGUAUCAGGAUGAUAAUGCACCAAUACACACAGCAAGACUGGUGACAUGAACAUGAUGUGGUUUGAUGAACAUGGUUUGAGUGGUUUGAUGAACAUGAAAGUGAAGUUGAACAUCUCCCAUGGCCUGCCCAGUCAAUAGAUCUAAAUAUUAUUGAUCCACUUUGGGGUGUUUUGGAGGAGUGAGUCAGGAAACGUUUUCCUCCACCAGCAUCACGUAGUGACCUGGCCACUAUUCUGCAAGAAGAAUGGCUCAAAAUCCCUCUGGCCACUGUGCAGGACUUGUAUCUGUCAUUCCCAAGACGAAUUGAUGCUGUAUUGGCUGCAAAAGGAGGCCCUACACCAUACUAAUGAAUUACUGUGGUCUAAAACCAGGCAUUUCAAUUUCAUUGUCCAACCCCUGUAUAUACUUCUGCAAAAACUCCAGGGUGGAUGCCAGCUCUGAUGGGUAAUGGAUGUUGAAGCAAUAAUAGCUCCCAAACAUCAAGCACAGGGCAGAAAUGAAGGAGGGGAUAUUGUCAUGUACAACAUUUCAAUCCACAGACAGCAUGAAUCGCUUUGAUGAAAAGCAGGAUCCACCUAAAAAGAAAGAAAUGUAUUUAUCAAGUUAGAUUUUGUAUUUAAUUAUAAAAACAAAACAUUUACAACAUAAUGAACACUUUAAAGUAAUGUUUUAUUUGUUACCAUUAGUUAACAUGAACACACAUUUAACAAUAUACUUCUAUAGCAUUUAUUAAUUGUUCUUACUUAACAUUUACUAAUUUAACUAAUGGUAACAAAUGAAACCUUAUUGUAAAUUGUUACCAAAAUUAGAAAUGGCAGAGAAACUGAAAGACCAUGAAAGGCAAAAAAACAACUUACCACACACAAGGGUGGGAGUCAAACGAACUUUGUCCAUCUCUACUUCCUCUGCCAGGCAUGUGUCCUCCACAUAAUAGAACAUUGCAUCUUCCUUCUCAUUAAAGUAGGAAAGCAAAAGCAGCAACAUCUCCUUCACGUCUUCAGAGCAACCACUCAGAUGUUCCCUCAUCACUUUAUACUUUGUUACAGCCUGCAGGAAUUUUUUGUUCUUGCUCAUACCAACUGUACUGAAGUAGUUCAAGAGUCAUUUACCCUUCAAUUCCAGAUUGCGUGUAAAAGUUUCUUUAAGACCAAAUCCGGUAAGUUCCUUGAAGUGAACUGCCAUGCCAAGUUCUUUAAACCAAAAUGGCCACUCCUCCAGAAGGCAUUUAAUAUUUUUUCCCUGGUUGACUUGUUUACGUUGUGUGUAGAAAGUCAACUUCAUUAGAUGUUUGACCUCCUCUAGCUUUAUAUCAGUUUGCUGAGACAUCAUCUUCAAUUUUUCUUUCUUUUCCUGUUGGCUUUCAGGGGUCUCUCCAAGGGGCAGGAAUUUUACAUCCCAGUUAAUGCACCCAUAAGUAUCCUGGAUUGCUGCUCUCUGUUCGGGAGGAAUUUCCUCAGUGUCAGAGUCAUCAGUGCAAUGCUUUCGUUUUCUUAUUUUGGGUGUGGUAGAUCGCUUCACAUUUUCAAUCCUAUACUGCAACUGCUUAACUAAAGAAUGGUACCCUGGCCCAACGACAUCUCCUUCUAUUAUGUCUUGCAAAGAUUUGGGAUAUUUUCCCACCAACUUUUUGGCGACUUCUGUAGAAUACCUUUUACUUGGGCAAGAACAUUUUCGCAUCAUCUCAUUCACCACAAUCCGGACCAUCUCUCUUCUCAUUCGAGGACUUGGUCAUUUUCCUCUCUCUAAAAACUGCAUAAGCUCCUCCGGGAACUUAUCCCAUGGUAUCAGAAAGGUAUCCACCCAUUCUGUAUCAGGGCUUUGGGAACUGCUGGAAGAGGAUGACUGUGAACCACCGGGUGAACGAUGCCACAAGGUUGCGGGAGGUUCUGGCGAGGCACUAACAGACGAGCUUCUCGUUUCAGGAGUCUGGCUUGCAAAAACACACAAAAAGAAUGGUCAGUAACACAAUCUGAAUGUUUUAGGCCUUCUACUGGUAGCAUUCUGUUCUGCAAUAAAUGACUUACAUCUCCGUUUCCAAGCAGCAAGGACUUUUUGGGCUUGAAUUGGCCUCAAUGCUGACAAAUCAGAUUCUUCAAUAAACUGAAAAUCAUCAUAUGUCUCCACACCAAGAAACUACAAUGUCUCUUCUAAAAUAUCUUUUGUCACCUCUGGAAGGUCAGGCAAGACCUCAGAGAUGGCAGUGCGUAGAAAUGUUGUCUUCAAGUCAGUCAUUUCUGGAAUCAAGCAAGUAGAUAUUCAACAUUUAAUGAAUCAACACUGUACAUAUAAGGAGUCUCUACUUUUGAGUAUAUACUGUGUUAGGAUUUAUUUCUGUAUGUCUAAAAGUAAAAAAAAAAAAACUGCUGUUACUUUAAAGGGUUAGUUCACCCAAAAAUGAAAAUUCUGUCAUUUACCAAUGUCCAUGCUACAUUUCUGGACCUGGGAACUACUGAAAUAGUUGUGUUGCUGUCUAUAGACGGUCAGAGAGCUCUCGGAAUUUAUCAAAAAUAACUUAAUUUGUGUUCUGAAGAUGAACCACAGUCUUACGGGUUUAGAACGACAUGAGAAUGAGUAAUGACAAAACCUUCAUUUUUGGGUGAAGUAACCCUUUAAUUUUUUUUUUUAACUGUAUGUUUUUAUUCACCAAGCAUACAAGAUGAUUUUUGGUAUCAUUUCUCCACUACUGUGGCCAAGACCUCUUUACUUCGAAAGCACACUGUGUUUCAGCGGAAGGACUUGGUGCCCAUCAACUACGUAUGAUGGUAACACAAAAAUCUACCAAGUCGUUAAUGUUAAGACACUGCAAACUGGUACUCUGUUUCGUCACAGAGUACAGAUGGUAUUCAGAAUGAUAGUCAGCUUUAUGUAUUUCCAUCACAAAAAACACAGCUGCAUCAUUCUGAAUUAAAAUAAUGAGAAGUUUGCCAAACUCAGCGGACUCAUCAUUUUUUGACACAAGGAAAUGGCCCUUUUUUUUUUAUAAGAUGUAUCUUUAUACAUAAUGUCUGUGGAUACAUUAGUAUCGAUCUCUGAAAAGUGAAAAUCUCUCAGUGUAUGAUUAAUUGACACUGUAAAGACUGGGGUAAAAAGUGCAACUGUCUUUGACUUGCAGAAGCUGACUGCAUCCAGUCCCAGCUGAAAGAUAUGCCUGAUACAUCUGAUGUCUUUCAGAUAAAGUUAGGCAGACAUUUUUAAAGUUUUUCAAAUGUCUGGCACAUCUCUUGAAGUAGCUAUGUUUACUUUCAAAACGCAUCGUCCAUAAUCGAAUCAAGGGGCCAAAUUUAAAAAUAAGUGCCGGAUAAUGUCGUAAGAAAUGAUGCUUUGGUUUUAACAGACUCUCAGGAAAUAAAGACUUUCUUGAAUCCAAAUAUUCUUGGAUUAAAACAUCAAGAUAGGCUACCUGUGGUGAUGAAUUUUUUUGUGCACAAAUCAAAUCAACUACAUCUUUAAGCUGAAGUGUUAACUGCCACACUUCAUCAUCUGGAUUUUGCACUUUGUCACCAAUUAACACAGGAAGCAACCUUAGAAAAUUCCAAUUCUCGAUGGCUUGCCCCGAAAGCCUGGGAACCUCAGAGUUGACAGCACAUGGCUUUGUGAGAGCAUCAGUACCUUUGUACUUGAACUGCUUGAUGCGUCGGUUCAAAACUGAAUAUGUAAGCCAUUGUUUCUUCUUAAUGAAAUACUUCAGGUACAAGGCAACAUCAUAGGAUAAGACACCCUCAAAUAUAUCAUGCCCUAAGCAAGGUGGGAGACCAGGCUGGCAGACAUGGAAAGAUUUCAGAGUAUUGAAAACAGAGUUUACCUUUAUGCCUUUGAUGGCUUGGCUGGAAUCACUCUGAAGAUCACACACAGCAGAAUAAUAACUUUCAGUAGGGCACUGUGGACCACAAACACUUGGGUUAUCACUCAAAAACUCACUUCGUGUGAUUUCACAGUACCUGCAAAAGUACUGAGCAUGACUGAAAUUUUCAGUAAACCCACCAAUGGUGUGUGAACCCAAAUUAUCACCAGUGAUACAAUACAGAGCACCUUUGAUCAUUUUACCAUCUACAGCUAUUUCAUUUUCCUCCAAAUCUUUUAAAUCCACUAACAACUCUGAGAAAACCUUAGCACUUCCAAAUUGUUUAGGUCAUUCUCCCCACACAACAAAACAAGGGACAUGUGAUCAGUAUUGGACCGCAUAUGCGCAGGUAAAUUAGCCACAGAAAGAUAGACUGCAACUACUUUGUGCCUUUUUUUUGGCAGAGCCAAGGGGAUUGACAAUUUCAAAAGAAUCCUGGUAAAGAAUUAGUUUCAGGCAUUCUGGAUUUUCAAGGAAGAACUGGUGGGACUUAAAGUCUUUGCCAUCACUUAUGUCACCAAAAUCAUCUGACUCUGUCUCAAGAUGGUUGUGAUACUGAAUUCUUCCAUAAUUCUGAUUGUAAUAAGCUACUCAAUGUUUGUAUCACAGGUAUGUAAUAUGCAAACCUUUGUGUCAUGUUUUCAUUAUUUCCUAAUGUUGCCUUCUUAGGCUCUAUGUACUGGAACAGUUGUUUGAAUGUUUGAGCUCUUGAAUAUGUUGUUCUCAGUGGACCCUGAUUGCAGAAAGAGAACAGAUCUGAAUUCUUUAUACAAUCACAGACUUUACUAACAACUUCAUCUGUUAGACACGUCAUUUUUUAAAAGUGAACAUAGUUUACUUAAAGUGUAAUCCUGUCCCAACUCAUGCACAUUUUGCAUCUCUUCAACAAUUGUCUGUACAGUUGAAGCUGGAAGGAGGAAUUGCCCUUGCAAUUUUAGGUACAAUAGACACACAUUCCUAAGAAAGGACUUGGUGAAAUUGUGUGGUAAUUCAAUGGUUUCAGGUGCUGUUGCAUCAUUUGAGCUUUGGGAAACAUCUUCACAUGCAAUGAUAGUAGAUGACUGAGAACUACUUCCCCUGUAAAUGUCACUUAUGCUAUAAUCGGAAGAUGCUCUGUGUUUCCUGGACAUAUGAGCAGUAAACGAGGAUUUAACCAUAAACAUAUUUUUUCAACCUGUUACUGGACAAGCCACGGGUCGCCCCACCACUAUAUGAUCUUUUAAGUGGCAUAUUAGUUCUUUUGCUGUAUGAAACCUGCAGUCACACGACGAAAUGGCGCAUUUAAAAUUGGCAAUAACAGCUCUAGCAGUAGCAGAGGAUGCGGACUGGUUGUGACACCGAUAAAAAUGAGCUUUAAAAGCUGCGUAAGUACAAAAUGUCCGCUUACAGUGAGCACUAACACACCUGAAAAAACAAUGGGGUUCGUUUCGGUGAACUCUACAGUGCAACACAUAACCUCUCAACGUCUCUAAUGUUUUACUGCAAAACAGACACGUAAUCAUUUUUAUCGAACUAACAAUAUCGCUCUGGUUUUUUCAGCCUUUAACGGUUAACUUAUACCGUCACAUACAUAUAACUUAUUACAGUCACAUACGGGUGCCUGUAAGUCCAGUUUAAAACAAAGUCAAAGUUUAGAGUAAACAAACUUUUCUCUUACCAGUGCUUCUAUCUGUGAUUUUGCAAAUCAUCACAUCUCCACGUGCUGGUAGACUGGGCGCACCCUCACUAAUGAACUUCGCCAAGAUGGCUGCUCCCGCACUAAUCAGAGAUCAACUUUACUGGCUGCUGAUUGGACGAGGCAAAGCUCAUACUUUCAAAUUCAAACGCAGACAUUAAUUUACGCAAGAAUGUACACUGUACAUAGAAAAAAAAAUGCUGCUACAGUUAAAA